AUGUUGAAUUGCAGUCUUGAUACGGGGGUCGGCACCAUCGACCUCUACGGCAACUGCACUCUCCACCAUUCGGGUACAUCAGCAGCCGCUCCUGAAGCCGCGGGAGUUCUCGCCCUAGCCCUCGAAGCUAAUCCUGAACUGACAUGGCGUGACAUGCAGCACUUGAUAGUGCACACUUCAAAACGCAACCACCUCUACGACAGAGAGGGCACUCACAACUCUACCAUAAAUGGCGCCGGCUUGGAGUUUAACCACCUCUUCGGAUACGGCGUUCUAGAUGCCGGUGACAUGGUGAGGAUUGCAAAGCUCUGGACGACGGUGCCUGAGCGCUUUCAUUGCAUCGCAGGUUUCUUCAGUGGUCGCAAGGUAGUCGCGGUGGGGAAGCCAAGUCAGCUGGAGCUAUUCGCUGAAUCUUGUCGUGAUAACCCUGAAAGCCAGGUAAAUUUCAUUGAACAAGCCGAAUGA